GGUGCCGCCGGCCCCGGCUCCCUGGCAGCCACGCUUCCCUACCGCCUUCUCCUGAUUGCCGGCUCACGUCGAUUCCCACGGAGAUGGCAGACGACCUUGGAGACGAGUGGUGGGAGCACCAGCCAGCUGGAGCCGCCAGCAGUCCAGAAAUAUCAGAUAAUGAAGAAAGAGGAGACACAGACAUGAUACAGCAAGAGACAGUUCCAGUUCCUGCCCUAUCAAAGAAAAUCGAACAGCCUAAGGAAUGUUUCUUGACACAACCAAAGGAAACAAAAGAAGAUGCCAUCAAGACUAGGAAGAGGAGAAAGAAAAAAAUUACUGAUAUUCUUGCAAAAUCAGAACCCAAACCAGGGAUACCUGAAGACCUACAGAAGCUGAUAAAGGAUUAUUACAGCAGCAAUCGCUCAGUGAUUGAAUUAGAAGAAUUGAACCUACCAGACUCCUGUUUCCUCCAAGCCAAUGAUUUGACUCACAGUCUUUCAUCAUACCUAAAAGAAAUCUGUCCUAAGUGGAUGAAACUUCGGAAAAACCAUACUGAGAAGAAGUCACUCCUGAUGCUGAUCAUCUGCAGCUCUGCCAUCCGAGCCCUGGAGCUCAUCAGGUCAAUGACAGCAUUCAGAGGAGACAGCAAAGUUAUGAAAUUAUUUGCAAAACAUAUAAAGGUUCAGGAGCAAGUAAAGUUAUUGGAGAAGCGUGUGGUGCACUUGGGUGUGGGAACUCCUGGGAGAAUUAAAGAACUCAUUAAACAAGAUGGCCUUAAUUUGAACCCAUUAAAGUUUUUGGUUUUCGACUGGAACUGGAGAGAUCAGAAGUUGAGGAGAAUGAUGGACAUUCCCGAGAUAAGAAAGGAGGUUUUUGAACUUCUAGAAAUGGGAGUGCUCGAUCUAUGCAAGUCAGGAUCCUUGAAGCUGGGCCUUUUCUAAGUCUACAUCCUGAUGAAGAUUCUGGUUUUCACGGUGGAAUUUGCAUCCUUUUCAAUAAUGCUGGCACUUUACAAGUACUCAGGAAAUAACAGCUACUAUCAAUGUUUGUUGCAUCACUAAAUUGGUCACCUGAAAUAUUUAAUGAGGAUUCGUUAACAGAAAUAAACUUGUCCUUUUCCCACUG